AUGAGCGUUACUCAAACCUACUAUCUCGCCCACACCGCCCGCAAGAAGCUCACCCGGGAAGCUUCGCGGGCGGACCACGACCUGCGUCUCCUCGUCGGCCAUGCCAACCUCCUCGAUAACCUUAUGCUCGACCUCGCCGAUGCAGAGCAAGAGCAAGAGCGCUGGUUCAACCAGACCGUCAGCGGUGUCAACAAGAGCGUCCCCCAAUCCGAGCGCCGACACAUUCAGUGGGCCGACGCCCUGGUCGAGGACCCCGAGGAGGAUUGGGAUGCUGAAGAUGUCUCCGAUGCCGACUCCGACCUCAGUGACGACUCGGAUGACCUCAGCGAUGAUGAUUAUGAGCUGAACGAGGACUUCACCCCCGUCCGCCGGCGGGCCCCGUCGCCGGUGGCCAUCGUCACCGAGAAGGAGGUCUCUGCCGAUGACGACUCCGACUCCGACUCGGAGUUCGAAUACGAAGACGACGAGGAUCUGAGCGAUCUGACUCUGACCCGCUCGCCCUCGCGACAGUCGCCUCCCGACCUUCUCCCCGACUCCGAUGGUGAGUCGGAGGAUGACGCCAUGCCGCCCUCGCCUCCCCAGCCGAUGCUGGAGUUUGGAGAAGAAAAGACCCCUCAAACCACGGAGAUUCCGCUCUCCGAUGCGGGAUUCGAAUCCGAGUUUUACGUCCCCAGUCAACCGCAAGGCCCUGUCAUUGAAUCUUAUUAA